GCCCUCUCUGUGAAAGGCAGAUGUCCCUUUAAGGUUUGCUUUGCUGCUGCCCGUGGACUUUAGCCUAAACACGGUCCCGCGAAGUUGGCUUUAUUUGUCCAUGUUUCGGACAGAGCCUGGGUGACUGCCAGUGAGAUUUCAGAGACCGAGCGCGCAAAGGGGCGGGAGAAGUGGCAAUCCAUCUGGGAUUUGAGAAGCGUGGAGCGGGCUUAACAGCGUUUGACCAAAACACAGGAAAUCAUUUCUCCGCUGCUCCAAGGCGCUGCAGCCGCUGUAACCACGGCCGGACACCCGCGGAGACCGCCCAAGUGACCCAGAGCUCCAGCGCUCGGGUUCUGCCUGUUCCUGCCAGCUUCUGCCCACGAACCAGCACGUCGCUGGUUCCAGCAGCCGCUCCAGCAAUGGUCCUCAGGCGCCCUGCCGGCCUAGAGGUCACUGUAGCCUGCAUCUGGCUUCUCACGGUUAUCCUAGGCUUCUGCAUCUCCUUCAAUGUCGAUGUGAAAAACUCAAUGAGUUUCAGUGGCCCAGUGGAAGACAUGUUUGGAUACACUGUUCAACAAUAUGAAAAUGAAGAAGGCAAAUGGGUUCUUAUUGGUUCUCCUUUAGUUGGCCAACCCAAAGCAAGAACUGGAGAUGUCUAUAAGUGUCCAGUUGGGAGAGAAAGAUCAAUGCCUUGCGUGAAGUUGGAUUUACCAGUUAACACAUCGAUUCCCAAUGUCACAGAAAUAAAGGAAAACAUGACAUUUGGAUCGACUUUAGUCACCAACCCGAAUGGAGGAUUUCUGGCAUGUGGGCCGUUGUAUGCCUAUAGAUGUGGACAUUUACAUUAUACGACUGGUAUAUGUUCUGAUGUCAGCCCUACAUUUCAAGUUGUGAACUCGUUCGCCCCUGUACAAGAAUGUAGCACACAGCUGGACAUAGUCAUCGUCCUGGAUGGCUCCAACAGCAUCUACCCCUGGGAAAGUGUCAUCGCCUUUCUAAAUGACCUUCUUAAGAGGAUGGAUAUUGGCCCUAAACAGACACAGGUUGGAAUUGUACAGUAUGGACAGAAUGUUACCCAUGAGUUCAACCUCAAUACAUAUUCAUCGACAGAAGAGGUCCUUGUGGCAGCAAACAAAAUAGAACGACAGCAUGGCCUCCAAACGAUGACAGCCCUGGGAAUAGACACAGCCAGGAAAGAGGCAUUCACUGAAGCGCGGGGUGCCAGGAGGGGAGUGAAAAAAGUCAUGGUUAUUGUGACCGAUGGAGAAUCACAUGACAACCACCGUCUGAAAAAGGUCAUCCAAGAUUGCGAGGAUGAAAACAUUCAGCGAUUUUCCAUAGCUAUCCUUGGUCACUAUAACAGGGGGAACUUAAACAGUGAAAAAUUUGUGGAGGAGAUAAAGUCGAUUGCAAGCGAGCCCACGGAAAAGCACUUCUUCAAUGUCUCAGAUGAGUUGGCCCUGGUCACUAUUGUUAAAUCUCUGGGAGAAAGGAUAUUUGCCUUGGAAGCUACAGCUGACCAGUCAGCAGCUUCAUUUGAAAUGGAAAUGUCUCAGACCGGCUUUAGUGCUCAUUAUUCAGAGGACUGGGUCAUGCUUGGAGCAGUGGGAGCCUUUGACUGGAAUGGAACUGUGGUCAUGCAGAAGGCUAACCAGAUUGUCAUCCCUCAAAACACCACCUUUCAAACUGAGCCCACCAAGAUGAAUGAGCCUCUUGCUUCUUACUUAGGUUACACAGUGAACUCCGCCACAGUGCCUGGAGAUGUGCUCUAUAUCGCUGGGCAGCCUCGGUACAAUCAUACAGGCCAGGUCAUCAUCUACAAGAUGGAGGAUAAGAACGUCAACAUUCUGCAGACACUCAGUGGAGAGCAGAUCGGUUCCUACUUUGGUAGCGUCUUAACCACAAUUGACAUUGACAAAGAUUCUUACACUGACCUGCUUCUCAUCGGGGCCCCCAUGUACAUGGGGACAGAGAAAGAGGAACAGGGCAAGGUGUACGUGUACACUGUGAAUCAGACAAGGUUUGAAUAUCAAAUGAGCCUGGAACCAAUUAAGCAGACCUGCUGUUCAUCCCUGAAGGAUAAUUCAUGCACAAAAGAAAACAAGAAUGAGCCCUGUGGGGCCCGUUUUGGAACAGCAAUUGCUGCUGUAAAAGACCUCAACGUGGAUGGAUUUAAUGACGUUGUGAUUGGAGCCCCGCUGGAAGAUGACCACGCAGGAGCUGUGUACAUUUAUCACGGCAGUGGCAAGACCAUAAGGGAAGAGUAUGCACAACGCAUUGCAUCAGGUGGAGAUGGGAAGACGCUGAAAUUUUUCGGCCAGUCUAUCCACGGAGAGAUGGAUUUAAAUGGUGAUGGUCUGACUGACGUGACCAUUGGAGGCCUUGGUGGAGCUGCCCUCUUCUGGGCCAGAGAUGUGGCUGUAGUUAAAGUGACCAUAAAUUUUGAACCCAAUAAAGUGAAUAUUCAAAAGAAAAACUGCCGUGUGGAGGGCAAAGAAACAGUAUGCAUAAAUGCUACAAUAUGUUUUCAUGUGAAAUUGAAGUCAAAAGAAGACUCGAUUUAUGAGGCUGAUCUGCAGUACCGUGUCACCCUUGAUUCGCUGAGGCAGAUAGCACGGAGCUUUUUUUCUGGAACUCAGGAAAGGAGGAUUCAAAGAAACAUCACCGUCAGAGAAUCCAAAUGCAUCCGGCACUCCUUCUACAUGUUGGAUAAGCAUGACUUUCAGGACUCCGUGAGAGUGACUUUGGAUUUUAAUCUCACUGAUCCAGAAAGCGGGCCUGUGCUUGAUGACGCUCUACCAAACUCAGUCCAUGAACACAUUCCUUUUGCCAAAGACUGUGGAAACAAGGAAAGAUGCAUUUCAGACCUCACCCUGGAUGUGUCCACCACAGAAAAGAGCCUCCUGAUUGUCAGGUCCCAGAGUGACAAGUUGAAUGUCAGCCUCACAGUCAGAAACAAAGGUGACAGUGCAUAUAAUACCAGGACAGUGGUGCAGUAUUCUCCAAAUCUGAUUUUUUCAGGAAUUGAGGGGAUCCAAAAAGAUAGCUGUGAAUCCAAUCAAAAUAUCACUUGUAGAGUUGGAUAUCCUUUCCUGAGGACAGAAGAAAUGGUUACCUUCAAAAUAAUAUUCCAGUUUAAUACAUCGCAUCUCUCAGAAAAUGCAAUCAUCCAUUUAAGUGCAACAAGUGACAGUGAGGAGCCAGUGGAAUCUCUUUAUGAUAAUGAAGUAAAUAUUUCCAUCCCAGUAAAAUAUGAAGUCGGACUGCAGUUUUACAGUUCUGCGAGUGAGCAUCACAUCUCAGUUGCUGCCAAUGAGACGAUCCCUGAGCUUAUUAAUUCCACUGAGGACAUUGGGAAUGAAAUUAAUGUCUUCUAUACGUCAUCUUCUGAUACUGUGAACUGCAGACCCCGGAGCCUUGAGGAUCCUUUGGGUAUCAACUCUGGGAAGAAAAUGACAAUAUCAAAGUCUGAGGUUCUCAAAAGAGGCACAAUCCAGGACUGCAGUACCUGUAAAAUUGCCACCAUCACGUGUAAUCUCCUUCCUUCUGACGUGAGUCAAGUGAAUGUUUCACUCAUCUUGUGGAAACCAACUUUCAUAAAAGCACAUUUUUCCAGCUUAAAUCUUACGAUACGGGGAGAACUUCAGAGUGAAAACUCAUCGCUGACUUUAAGCAGCAGCAACCGGAAACGGGAGCUGGCUAUUCAGAUAUCCAAAGAUGGGCUCCCAGGCAGAGUGCCGCUGUGGGUAAUCCUCCUGAGCGCCUUUGCGGGACUGCUGCUGCUGAUGCUGCUUAUAUUAGCUCUGUGGAAGAUUGGAUUCUUCAAAAGGCCACUAAAGAAGAAAAUGGAGAAAUGAAAUAUUUUAUAGAAGGAAAAAAAACAAUAACAACUAUUCAACGAUCUAUCCUCAGGUUUGCCUCAAUCAUGUGAGAAGAAAUUCAGAAAUAUAGCCAAAGACUUGGUCACAUAACUCUAUGUAAUCCACGAUCCAUCUGGGCUUGCCUACUCGGAAAGAUCAAGUGUGACCCCAAAAGGCCCAAGGAUACAGUGUAGAAAGCAAUGGGAAACAUUUUUAAUAAUUACUCACUUUUGCUGAGUAAGUGAAACGACAAAAUGUUUUAAAGAAGAAUCGUCAGUAUACGUACGUUUAUGUGUUUACGUGCCACACAGAGAAUCUUAAGGGAUGCACAAAUGAGCUUCGUGUUCAGUGAAGCAGUUACUCUCAGCACAGUAUAAAUAAAGCAUUUCCCCUUGGUUACACUUUCAGAGUGACACUCAGCAUUUGUAAAUGACAACAAAGGAAUGGGGUGAAAAAGCUCUCUAAAUUCUAAUGAGAAAAACUUUGCUUAGCAGAGCCCAAAUACAAUAUGGACUGAAAACAGAAUUAAAUCAUGGGUGACGCUCAGUGACUGCAUGGGUUCCCUAGUUGGAAAGAGUAUUUUCCAGUGUGUUUGGGAAAUGGUGCAGUUGAGCUUAAAUUCUACGUAGAAGAGACAGUAAGGAUGGAGUUGUUAUUUUAAAAUGAGUGCACUGAAUCUAUUAACUUAAACUUUUACAGAAAGUAAAACUGCUUAAUUUAUAUUGAGCUCUAAAACAUAAAACUCUUUUAUAAUAUAUAUGUAAAGUUGAAGCAGUUUAUGUAGCAUAACAGUGAUAAGUCGUGAAAGACCACACCAUGUGUGUGACACCCAGAGGGGUUCUGAAACGAAAUGUGAGCAUACAUAGAUGACCCAAUGAAGCUGAUGUCACCUUUGCUGAGUAGUUAUUUAAUGUCAGGGCUUCCAGGGUGUUUCAUUAAGUAGGGGGCUUCUCAACUCUUUGGUAUAGGGGGUCAUGUAAAACCCCAAAAUAUGGGUGUUUAUUUUUAAAUCUUUUCAAUUUUCUAAACACAUGUUAUUAUUGAAAAACGCAAUCUUCCAGGCUAAUGUUAUAUUUUACCAAGAACACACUGCUUUUGAACAUGGUAUAUCAGUAUUUAAAUAGAAAACCAGGUAAUUUAAAGAAUUUAUAUUUUGAAAGCAUACACUAACAGAGACAUACAACUUAUUUGUAUGUACCUCUGUAUUCCUGAAGUAAUCCCGAAGGCCCUUGGAACUCUGCUGUAACAUACGCUUCCGGAUCGCUCCAUUUCCAAGAUAAAUAACAAUGAAUGAAUGUACAGUAUAAUCAUGUGUGAACUACUGCUGUAAAAUGUGCUGAUCCUCCUGCCCCAAAGCCACCUCUCCAGUUGACAGCUCACUAUAAGAUCCAGAAAGAGCUGGACUCCGCUCUCCUCAAAAGUCAGCAAGCCAACAGAGAAAUUAAGUGCUAUAGGUUUGAUUUUUUUAAAAAAAAUGUAUUUCUGAGAAAUUAUCUUAGGGCCCAGACUCAGACAGCCUCUUGGAUUUCCACCCUUACAUGUCAGACCCUCAGGGCUAAGGGAUGGAUGAUGCUACAGGCAUCCCUGGCUGGAACAGAAGUGGACAGGAAGCCAGAAGAAAAAUGAGUUCUCCAUUCUCACUCUCUCUCUCCAGCUUUGGAAGUCACACUUUCCUCCUGUUCUUCUUUUCCCAACAGAACUCAGAUGUUUCUUGCUCAGUUACCAUGGUGCCCAACUCCAUACAUAUGCACCCAGCAGCCCUACUCUUAGCUCCAUGCCUUUAGGAAUGAAAUACAUCAGAUGUGUGUAGAUUCAUCUUUGUUUUAAGGGUAGCCUGUCCAUAAGACAUGUGCUCCUUUUGCUGUGAAUGCCGACUUCACUGAACGGAUCAUUUGUUCAGGUUUUCUAACCCAGUUUCUCAUGACACUCCAAAGGGCUGCCCAUGGCAUCGUGCAGUAUAAUGCACUUCUGAGAUGCAGCAUCCUUCCUUAAGAGGUUUCCAUCCACUUGGGCCACUGUUCUCCGUAGUUCUGUGGAAGAAACAGGAGGGAUUUAGGCCUUCGGCUACUGUUCUUAUGUAUUCUACAACCCCUAUCCUCAUCCAAGGGUGAGGUUUAAAAACUGAAAGAAGGCAUUUUCCUCAAGCUGAUGCUGCUUUUAAAUUGUGAGAUACAAAUUAAUUGCAUAUAAAAGACUUUGAAUGCAGAUACAACUUCAAAAUGAAUACCCUGAGCUCACAGGGUGGUACCACAACUUAUGAUUGGACAGUGGCCCCCACAGCUCUUUCUAACCAGAAUCCAGAAACCACUACUGCCCAUUCACUCUGUACUGAAAGGAAAGCCAGAGCCCAUUGCAAAAGGCUUCAUGGGAGGCUGAGUGUAGCCCAGUGGUGUAGCCCAGAGGCUGAGUCCACAGCGAACUCAUGCAAGGCCCGAGGCUUGAACUGAAGCACCACAUACAGUGAAAGGUGUCUGAUCAUGCCACCAUUUCUCAAAUGGAAGUACUCUGGUACAACACAACUGAAAAAUACCUACAUUUUCUUUGAAAUCCUAGGAGAAAAAGCAAUGGCAUUAACUACCAGCACUGUCAUCUUGUUUGCUAAUGGGUGUCUUUCAUCCUCUUAUUAAAGCUGUACCUCAAAUGUAGAAGUUCAGAGUAAGAGAUUUAACCACAAACCUUGAGGAGGAUACAGAGGAGCUUGUGAAGUCAGGCAGGUCUCAAGCCCUAGGGCCCUAACACAUCUGGUCUGGGCAGUACGGGGCCCCUAACCUAUGGAAAUAGAUCAUCUAACAUGACAAAGGGCCUGGGCUCAAAUUCAGAGCCUCCACUGUCCCCCACAGCCAAAGCUCCGUUCCCUCGCCUCAGCCACACCGAAGAAGCUUUUCUUGGCGAAAUUUUGCUGCACCAAAGAUGUGCAAGGCUGAGGCUCAGUUAUCACUAUUGGUCUUGAGAGCAGCCCUGCUUGUUUACAUUGUCUGUAGUUUGCAUACUGCAACCCACGCUCCCACCCUGGCUCCAUGUAAUACGUUGGAGACUCCGAGACAAGACUUCCUUCUUUUCCUCGAUGCACAGUCUGCAGGACUUGGGUGGUAGAAGAUGACAAGAGCUAGAGUCUGUUUGGAGCCCUCCUUGUCAUUCCUAUUAGUCUUCUCUUUUCUUCCUCUGCCAGGAGAUGCUCUGAUCUGGGGCUUCCUCAGCAGGGUUGUCCCACGCCAUAUGCCCUUUACUAGCCUAAUGGCUAGUGUCAUGUUUUAUUUCAUGACCAAGGACUCAAAAAUCCCUUACUUAUGCCAGCAUGGGAAUCAGGACUACAAAGCAGUGGCCAAGGACACUCAGCACUGUGACUAUGUUUGGCAUUUGUGUUUUAAGGUACAUACCUAAAGAAAGGAGUGUAGAGUUGAGAGGUUCUUAGACCACAGUGUGAGGCUGAAUAUCUGAUCUUCCCUGUGUUUGACCUAUGCCUAUAAACUGAGAACAAAAAUCUUAAAAGAAAACUUCCAAAAGCAUCGUAGUGAAAACCCACUGUGUUCGUGAGUAACCCCCAGCAGGUCUGUCUGUCCCCACAUCUGUAUUCUAAGAGGCAGAGAGAGAUGAAGUGAGAGAGGAGAGGAAAGGGGAGACAUGAGUAUUGUUCUUCCUUUUCUCCUAGGGAAGCCACUGCAUGUAGAUUCAAUGUAACGUGAUAACUUAAACUUUGAUAUAAAACAAAAGAAAUGGGGGUAGAUGAGGACAUGAAACUACCAAUCUGAUUUCUAAUCCACGAAAAUGGCCAAAGCUUCCUGAGACUACACGUGUCCCACCCACAGCACUCCCAAAUGUACUUGUCACUGUGAGAGUGAACGUUACUUAUAAACUACCCUGGGCUAGGUGUCUGGCCUUAACACACCCCAGCCUUAUAUGAAAACCAUUGAAACAGCAGUUUAGAGAUUCUGCAUUCUGGAGCUGGUCCACAAAGGAGAUCCUGGUGGUUAGCCUUUCGAUCUGAGAAGUCUGCUGUCCUCACUCAGGAAGCAGCAGGUUCCUGGCUGCAGGAGUGGGAAACACUGGCAUGGAAGGAUGGUCUGCUGUGUGUUACUACUGUGAAGCUGUCCUGAUUUUUAAUAGGCAGUGUGCACUCCAUAUCUGUUUUAUUAAAAAGAAGUAUAUUGCAUUUAGUUAACUACUGCCCUGAGCAUCCAUCCCACUUCUGGCACACAAUUCCACAUCGCCUAAAUGAAGGUAUCACAUUGCUCAUUUUGCUAACUUACCUCAAACUCAUCAAAGGGACAAUGUAAGGAUAUGUGCAUAGACUUUGUAGGAAAUGACUAGGUAAAAAUGCUCCAUUGACAUUCAAGAACAAAGAGGCACAACCUUUCCCAAUGAAAUUCAUAGGAUUGGCUGCGAGGUGACAGGCAUUUAAGAUGUAUAAUUAGAAUUAGCUGAGUGCGUGAGUAUUUUUUUUUAAAUGUGCUGUGUAUGCCAUAUCCUGCACACUGUUCUGAGGUCAAAGAUUUGAUAUUUUUGUAUAAUUCCAUCUUGUACAUCCGCUGUGUGAUUUACGUCAAGGUAAAUGAGCAUCCUGUUUUAUGUCUUAAAUAAAAAAAAAAUGACU